CAGCAACACCCAGCGAAGACCCAGGUGGUCCGCACCUCCUAGGCAGCUACGAGGCCUCCGCGUCCAAGCGCGCGACAGGUGAAGCUUCCGCGGAGGCGCGCCCGUCGCUGGGGAUGGCGUCGCCGUGGAGACGCUCGCUCCGGGGCGAACGCAAGCAGGCCUCCUACCCGUGCCUGUUUUCCCUCCCUUCUUCCGGCACCACCGCGGCUUCGGCGCUAGCAGCCACGUCAUAGAGACCCAGUUCCACCAGCUCCUACCGAGCUACAGAACUCCAGCCCGGUGACAACGGACCACAACGAGGCGCGGAGCAGCAUCGCGGUCUGUCCCGCGCGCGCGCGCGGCCGGAGUUCCCGCCUCCCUCCGGAGGACGUCGGUGCGUACGUGCGCGUGCCCACCCCUCCCGCCCCGCGACGCGAGGGCGGGGGCGCCGCGUGCGCGCGCGCUCUCGUGUGUUCGCUCGCUCGCUCGCUCGCUACUUCGCUCGCUCUCGGCGGCCGCUCUUGCUGUGGCUGCGGCUGAGGCUGGGGGCGGCGGCGGCGGCGCGAGCGGCGGGCGGCGCGGGGCGGUCCGGCGGGUUCAAAGAGGAAAACAUGGCGGAAAACAAAGGCGGCGGUGAGGCAGAGAGUGGCGGCGGGGGCAGCGGUAGCGCGCCGGUAACCGCCGGGGCCGCCGGGCCCACGGCGCAGGAGGCGGAGCCGCCUCUCGCCGCGGUGCUGGUGGAGGAGGAGGAGGAGGAAGGCGGCAGGGCUGGCGCGGAGGGCGGUGCGGCUGGGCCCGACGACGGGGGGGUGGCCGCGGCCUCCUCGAGCUCGGCCCCGGCCGCCUCGGUCCCCGCGGCCUCAGUGGGCUCCGCGGUCCCCGGAGGCGCGGCAUCGACGCCGGCUCCCGCUGCUGCCCCGGCUCCGGCUCCGGUUUCGGCUCCGGCUCCGGCCCCGGCCCCGGCCCCGGCUCCGGCUCCGGCCCCGGCCCCGGCUCCGGCUCCCUCGUCCGGGCCACCUCUCGGACCACCAGCCUCGCUUCUGGACACCUGCGCGGUGUGUCAGCAGAGCUUGCAGAGCCGGCGUGAGGCGGAGCCCAAGCUGCUCCCCUGCCUGCACUCCUUCUGCCUGCGCUGUCUGCCGGAGCCGGAGCGCCAGCUCAGCGUGCCCAUCCCCGGGGGCAGCAACGGUGACGUCCAGCAAGUUGGUGUAAUACGGUGUCCAGUAUGUCGUCAAGAAUGUAGACAGAUAGAUCUUGUGGAUAAUUAUUUUGUGAAAGACACAUCUGAAGCUCCUAGCAGUUCUGAUGAGAAAUCAGAACAGGUAUGUACUAGUUGUGAAGAUAAUGCAAGUGCAGUUGGUUUUUGUGUAGAAUGUGGAGAGUGGCUGUGUAAGACAUGUAUUGAAGCACAUCAAAGAGUAAAAUUCACUAAAGACCACCUGAUCAGGAAAAAAGAAGAUGUCUCAGAGGCUGUUGGAACAUCUGGUCAGCGCCCAGUGUUUUGUCCUGUACAUAAACAAGAGCAGUUGAAACUAUUCUGUGAAACAUGUGAUAGACUGACAUGUAGAGACUGUCAGCUUUUGGAGCACAAAGAACAUAGGUAUCAGUUUUUAGAAGAAGCUUUUCAAAAUCAGAAAGGUGCAAUUGAAAAUCUGUUGGCUAAGCUUCUUGAAAAGAAGAAUUAUGUUCAUUUUGCAGCUACACAAGUGCAGAAUAGGAUUAAAGAAGUAAAUGAGACUAACAAACGCGUAGAACAGGAAAUUAAAGUGGCCAUCUUCACCCUUAUCAAUGAAAUUAAUAAGAAAGGAAAAUCUCUCUUACAACAGCUAGAGAAUGUUACAAAAGAAAGACAGAUGAAGUUACUACAGCAGCAGAAUGACAUCACAGGCCUCUCCCGGCAGGUGAAGCAUGUUAUGAACUUUACAAACUGGGCCAUUGCAAGUGGCAGCAGCACGGCACUACUUUAUAGCAAGCGUCUGAUUACUUUUCAGUUACGUCAUAUUUUGAAAGCACGAUGUGAUCCUGUUCCUGCUGCCAAUGGAGCAAUUCGUUUCCAUUGUGAUCCCACCUUCUGGGCCAAAAAUGUAGUGAAUUUAGGUAAUCUAGUAAUAGAGAGUAAGCCAGCUCCUGGUUAUACUCCUAAUGUUGUAGUUGGGCAAGUUCCUCCAGGGACAAACCACAUUAGUAAAACCCCUGGACAGAUUAAUUUAGCACAGCUUCGACUCCAGCACAUGCAGCAACAAGUGUAUGCACAGAAACAUCAGCAGUUACAACAGAUGAGACUGCAGCAACCACCAGCCCCUGUACCAACAACAACAACAACAACACAGCAGCAUCCUAGGCAAGCAGCCCCACAGAUGUUACAGCAACAGCCUCCAAGAUUGAUCAGUGUGCAAACAAUGCAGAGAGGCAACAUGAACUGUGGAGCGUUUCAAGCCCAUCAAAUGAGACUGGCUCAGAAUGCUGCCAGAAUACCAGGGAUCCCCAGGCACAGUGCCCCUCAGUAUUCCAUGAUGCAGCCACAUCUCCAAAGACAACAUUCAAAUCCAGGACAUGCUGGACCGUUUCCUGUUGUGUCAGCACACAACCCAAUCAACCCAACAAGCCCUACCACAGCAACUAUGGCAAAUGCAAAUCGAGGUCCCACCAGCCCGUCUGUUACAGCAAUAGAAUUAAUACCCUCAGUCACCAAUCCAGAAAACCUUCCAUCGUUGCCAGAUAUUCCACCUAUACAGUUGGAAGAUGCUGGCUCAAGUAGUUUAGAUAAUCUACUGAGUAGAUAUAUCUCAGGCAGUCAUCUACCCCCUCAGCCUACAAGUACCAUGAAUCCUUCCCCAGGACCCUCUGCAUUAUCACCUGGAUCUUCAGGCUUAUCCAAUUCUCACACACCUGUGAGACCCCCUAGCACGUCUAGUACUGGCAGUCGAGGCAGCUGCGGAUCGUCAGGAAGAACUGCUGAGAAAAGUGCUCAUAGUUUCAAGUCUGAUCAGGUGAAGGUCAAGCAAGAACCUGGGACUGAAGAAGAGAUCUGCAGCUUUUCAGGAGCUGUGAAACAAGAGAAGACAGAGGAUGGCAGGAGGAGUGCCUGUAUGUUGAGCAGUCCUGAGAGUAGUUUGACACCACCUCUUUCAACUAACCUCCACCUAGAGAGUGAGCUGGAUACAUUAACAGGCCUGGAGAACCAUGUGAAAGCCGAACCUACAGACAUCAGUGAAAGCUGCAAGCAGUCAGGACUCAGUAACCUAGUUAAUGGAAAGUCUCCAAUUCGAAACCUCAUGCACAGGUCGGCAAGGACUGGAGGGGAUGGCAAUAGCAAAGAUGAUGACCCAAAUGAAGACUGGUGUGCCGUCUGCCAGAAUGGAGGGGAUCUUUUGUGUUGUGAGAAAUGUCCGAAGGUCUUUCAUCUUACUUGUCAUGUUCCAACACUUCUCAGCUUUCCAAGUGGAGACUGGAUAUGCACAUUUUGCAGAGAUAUUGGGAAGCCAGAAGUUGAAUAUGAUUGUGAUAAUAUGCAGCAUAGUAAGAAGGGGAAAACUGCACAGGGCUUAAGCCCUGUGGACCAAAGGAAAUGUGAACGUCUUCUGCUUUACCUCUAUUGCCAUGAAUUAAGUAUUGAGUUCCAGGAGCCUGUUCCUGUUUCGAUACCAAACUACUAUAAAAUUAUAAAGAAACCAAUGGAUUUAUCAACAGUGAAGAAGAAGCUUCAGAAAAAACAUUCCCAGCAUUACCAAAUCCCAGAUGAUUUUGUGGCUGAUGUCCGUUUGAUCUUCAAGAACUGUGAAAGGUUUAAUGAAAUGAUGAAAGUUGUUCAAGUUUAUGCAGACACACAAGAGAUUAAUUUGAAGGCUGAUUCAGAAGUAGCUCAGGCAGGGAAAGCAGUUGCAUUGUACUUUGAAGAUAAACUCUCAGAGAUCUACUCAGACAGGACCUUCGCUCCUUUGCCAGAGUUUGAGCAGGAAGAGGAUGAUGGUGAAGUAACAGAAGACUCUGACGAAGAUUUUAUACAGCCUCGUAGAAAACGCCUAAAGUCAGACGAGAGACCAGUACAUAUAAAGUAAAAUGACGUGGACUUAAAUCAGUUGUUUUUUAAGAAGAAGGAAACAAAACAAAACACCCUUUUAUUUAAGUGUUACUGGAAUAUCCUGUGUACAGUGGUUUUACCUCCUUACAGAAGCUGGGAGCUUUCAUACAGUAUUAGAUUGAAAUAAUGGAAACAGAAAACAUUCUUGUCAAGAAAAGGGGAGAGAACUCUGUUUGCAACUUUAAGAACAAAAUUAGAAGUGAGAAAGUUUGGGGAUUUGCUACAAAUGAAGAUGGUUCUCUGGCUGUUAGAAAUGUAGAUGAUCAUGUCUGUUAAUUGGUGCAGGAUACUGAGUUGGGCAAGCCUGUGAGGCUCAUGUUGUGAUAUGUGUCUCUGCUGGAGCACACAGAUACUCAAGACAACUUAAAAACCGUCCCCUCCACAGACACAAAUGGGUUGUUUUCUGGUUAAAAAUAGUACAUGAGAUUCCACUUGAAUGUCACUAAGGACGCAUUGAAUCAUGCCACUGCAUUUUUCUCUCAUUUUGAUCUAUUUGGCCUUAGUUUUUAAAUUGGUUUAAAGAACUCAGCAGUAGUUUUAUUUUAUUCUUAGAUGUAGGGUCUAGGAACAUAACCAUUGAUCGUUUAGUCAACUUCAGUGGUAUACUAAAAUGAUAACUUUUAGUAGUGGAUCAUACAGAUUUAUGGAAGUCAUUUCCAGAAAACCCCUCUAAACAAUUACACUUACUGGUCAGAUCAUCUGAUCACGCAGUUAGUCAUUCCCCUGAAAGGCAGAACAUUUAUUUCAGAACUUUCUGUGUAGAUAAAUUAGAUUGAAAAGGUGACAAGUUUAACCUAGUCUUCUUCAUACCAGUUUCCAGUAGACCACUAUUGGUAAACAGAAAUCUGUCAGCUACCAAAUGUGUACAAUUUUCUGUAUUUCACUUUGUCUUAUUUGUAAAUAGUGAGCUCAGACUUCUGGCAGAUCAGCAACAUUUGCUGAGCCUGUUUUUUAAGCUAAUGUGUAUUCUUACUAAUGUUCCUAUCAAGAAUGGAUUUGUAAUAUAUGCUGUCUAUUUCUAAUGUUCACAUUCAUAUUUUGAGGUUCUAUCUUAUUUUAAUAGAGAACAGACGUCUCAAAAAAAUCUUCAGAAGCAGCUUAUUAUUGAAAUAUCAAAAUACUGAAAUAAACCCGGUGGGGUUAGAUUACUCAUCUGUCCACCAAGUGGGACACGUGCAUGGACUGGGGGCUUUAAAUGACUUAGAAGAGACCUUUAAGUAAAUCCUGAAAAACGAGCCAAUCCCCACUUGAAUGGUAAUUGGAACAAACCCAACCUUAUUACUACCUGACGACAGGAGCAGAACCUGCAGCAGAUAGAUGUACUCGCUCGGGUUUAUUUUCCUCCUCUUCGUUAUGAUGCUCAGAUCAAGUGUGCUCUAGACUGUGUGCGCCUCUCCGCUGGAUUAAGAGUUGUAGUCCUACUUCUGUAUGGACACAGUAGAAUAUAAAGUGACCAAAGUAGAAUUCAACAUCAGAAACAUUUCAGGUGUCAGCAGAUGUGUGGCAAAUCAUUUGCCUCUCAAAAAAAUUCAAAGUAAGGAGUUCAAACUGUAGACCUCCUCAGAAAACUAUUUGACGUAAUUGUCGAAGAAGUGAAUAUUUUUAGUGUGCAUUGAAUCAAAUAAAGUGCUCUAAAGAAAUUAUUAUACA